AUGGCGAACCACAUCGUGCUUCCUCCGCAGAAGCUCUUGAAGAUGCCCCCAUCGGUCCGCGAUGGAGUGCCGCGAGAGGUCGAAAUCGAACAGCGCAUCUACGGCUGUCACCUGAUUCAGAAGGCGGGAAUUCUCCUCAAGUUGGAGGCUGUCUCGAUUGCCAGCGCCCAGACGAUCCUUCAUCGGUUCUUCUUCCGCCGCUCCCUCAAGCACUUCGACGUCAGGCGCGUCGCCACGGCGGCUCUCCUGUUGGCCUGCAAGCUGGAAGAAGAUCCGCAUCGCGUUAUGCACCUCAUUGGAGUUAUUCACCUUCUGUCCCAGAUGGAAGACUGCCCCGAAAAAGCGCUGACAGAGGACAACCUCGACGAUUUCCUGAUUGCCUCCGACUCUCAGGAGUAUGAGCUGUUCCGCAUGGACGUUUUCCGGUGUGAGCGGUACAUUCUUCGAGAGCUCGGCUUCAUGGUGUCCCAGACGCUCGUGCAUCCGCACCGCUACAUUCUUCAGUACAUCCAUGCGUUGUUCAAAGGGAAUUUCGUCCCAACGAGUCAACUGUCCCAGCGGGCCUGGGGCUACCUCAAUGACAGCAUGCGGACGACUCUCUGCUGCGAGGUACAGCCAGCGGUGAUCGCCGUCGGGAGCAUCUUUUUGGCGGCGUGCGAUUUAGGCAUCCCGCUUCCGGAGGAGACGGGGUGGCAUGAGCUCUUCGACGUCUCCUGGGAAGACGUGACCAAGGUCUGCGAUGCCAUUCUGUCUCUCUACACGCGGCCGCUCCCCUCGUACCUGAAGCUGGCGGAGCCUCUGAAGCCCUCGAAGCCGAGUCCCGGGCCCCAGGCUUCGAAGCCGGCGGACGUCCCCAGCGCCUCGGCGGUCGCGGCUGCAGCUCGGCAGCACAUUCACGCCCUGGGAAGUGCAGCAGUGGGAGUCGACGGUUCCGAGAAAAAAGCCGAAGAAGGCCAAGACGCCGAGGCGGGAGGGCCGAAGAACGACGACGAAGGGAGAGGUAGCGCGGACGCGCGUCACGCAAACGGCAGAGACGGGGAAGCAGUGAAAAAGUGGCUGGUUUACGAGUCGAGUCUCACGCCUCUCUUCUCUGCUGCUUUGUGCGUGGGCGAACACUGGAGCACAUCGGAGGCCGUGCAUGCAUGGCGGUGUACCGCGGACGGCGAGAAGCCUGCGUGGAUUCAAGUUUUCCAGACACGUGGAGACGUGAUGCGUCUGUUUCAAGUGCCCGCCGGUCGUCCCGCGAACGCAGCCAUCCCCGCCGAAGCGACGGCGGCUCUCGACACCGGGACAGGCCACACGGGAGCCGCCGGGAAGCAGAGAGUGGCGGGCGAGAUCGGUGGAAUGAACGAGAGCGCGGCGAAAGUCGCGACGACGGCGACCGCCGAUCCCACGUGGACUCCCACGCGGGCUCAGGACCGCACACAGCGCGUGAAUCUGACCAUCGCAGCCACGCGUCUUCGCGGCGCCGGGAGGGAGAAUCGGGCGCCUCCGUCUCAAGUUCAGGUUACCAAAAGAAGCGACGGUCGCGAUCGUGGUCCAGAGAGAGGACUCCGCGGCAAGCGUUCAAGCGGCCGCAUCCGCCAGGGCACAGCGGGUCUGGGUCUGGCGCGAGUCGUCACCGAGCCGACCGAGAUGGCGAGGGGCGGGGGAACCAUCGGGAUCGGGAGGCGGGUAGGGGCUCUGGCCGGGCGUAUUCGUAAGAGGGCUCUGGAAUGUUCGCCACGCGUGGCGCCAUCUGCGUGUGGGUGUCUCUGGAUCCGGAGACGUGUUUGGCAAGCAACAGCGGGAGCCGCAGCGCCGCAGCGAGGCCCAUCGCGGGAGCACGUGGCGAGCUUCGGCUUUUACUCAGUGGCUAUCGUGGGGCGUGGGGAACAAUCGACAGCGAGUCAGAGAGUCUCGGUCAGUCACUGA